CCUACGAAGGCACUAAGGCAAUAGGGGAAUUACCUAAGAAAGCCCCUUGUUGAAUUUAAUUCGAGUCUCGAUCCGAUGACAAAUCAAUUCUCAAUUCAAUGUUUCAUUUCCCCUAAGACAUCAAUCAUCAAUCAGUACAAUUCAAUACAAUAUCAUAGGUAAUUCAACGCGAACAUUUGUAUUCCAUCAAUAACGAUUAAUGGCAAAUACAAUAAUAUUGAACAAAAGAACCCUAUGAUACCGACGCAAGGUACCUAAUCAGCAAGUCGCCCAUCAUGAAACUUUCCAGUAUAUUGAAUCUGCCCGCGUUGCUUGCCGCAUCGCUGUUGGCUCCUUUACCACCUGUGGCCGCUGAGCAUACCAGCAAUUGGGCCGUGCUGGUAGGCACCUCGCGAUUCUGGUUCAACUAUCGCCAUCUUGCCAAUGUCUUGUCCAUGUAUCGAACCGUCAAGCGACUAGGUAUCCCCGAUUCGCAAAUUAUCCUCAUGCUUCCUGAUGAUAUGGCAUGCAAUCCUCGGAAUGCCUUCCCCGGGACCGUGUAUAGUAACGCAGACCGCGCUGUCGACCUAUACGGAGACAAUAUCGAAGUCGACUACCGAGGAUACGAGGUCACUGUUGAAAACUUCAUUCGAUUACUUACCGAUCGCGUUGGAGACGAGAUGCCCAGGAGUAAACGAUUGCUGACUGAUGACCGAAGCAACAUAUUCGUAUACAUGACAGGACAUGGAGGAAAUGAAUUUUUGAAAUUUCAGGACGCAGAAGAAAUAGGCGCAUUUGAUUUGGCGGAUGCGUUUGAACAGAUGUGGGAAAAGAGAAGGUACCACGAGAUUCUUUUCAUGAUUGACACAUGUCAAGCAAACACCAUGUACAGCAAACUCUACUCCCCGAAUAUUAUCGCUACAGGGUCUUCCGAAUUAGACCAGUCUUCAUAUUCUCACCACGCCGAUAACGACGUCGGAGUCGCCGUGAUUGACCGAUAUACGUAUUAUAACCUCGAAUUCCUCGAGUCGGAAGUCAAAGACCUAAGCAGUAAGAAGACGGUCGGCGACCUCUUCGACAGCUAUAACUACGAAAAGAUUCAUUCCAACGCAGGUGUCCGAUACGACCUAUUCCGAGGCGGCGCGGAGGCUGCUAGGGGUCGUUUGUUGACAGAUUUCUUCGGCAAUAUACAAAAUGUUGAGGUGGAUGGGGCUAGAAACAUGACAGUUGAUGAAGAGAUGCUAGCACUCAGCAAGACGAUAGCGAAGCUACGAGAAAUGGCAGACCAAGAGGAAGAGGCUGCCGCAAACAACAAGAGCGAUAUCACAGAUUCGAGCAAAGCUGAGUCUCGGCCGUCAAAGAGAGUACAGAUGGCCAAACCCCUGACAGAUGAGAAUUGGUACACUAAGAAGCUUGUGGGAGCAACAGCAUUAGCUAGCUGCGCCGCUUUAUGGGCUCUCGGGUCGUACCUAGAAACACCCGAGAAUUAAGGGCAUUUAGUAACUUGAUACCAGGUUAAAAUACGAUAAAAAUAGGAAUAUAUAUUUAAUAUAAUAAGAGCAUUGUGCAAACGACUGUUUUUAACGAUCGAGUUUGUAAGAUUGAUACCAGGUGCAUAUUUACAUGUAUCAUGUGCUGGCAUCAUACAACACUAUGCGAGAGGCAGAUAAAAAAGAAAUUACUAUAUCCUGCU